AUGCCCGUCACGCCGUUUAACCACCCAGAGAAAUACACCUACCAAAACGGCUUCGGCAGCUACCACGAGACCGAAGCCGUCGAAGGCGCCCUUCCCAUCGGCGCCAACAACCCCCAGAAGCCUCGCUAUGGCCUCUACAACGAGAAGCUCUCCGGCACCGCCUUCACCGCCCCGCGACACGAGAACCAGCAGACAUGGCUCUACAGAAUCCUCCCCGCGAGCGCACAUUCGCCCUUCGAGCCUCGAGAAAGUGCCACAUAUGAUCUGAAUCCGGGAGGUCUAAGGGAUGCCAAAUGGCACCAGAUCCCCAAUCAGCUUCGCUGGGAUCCGUUUGAUAUGGACGAGACGAAGGAUUGGAUUCAUAGCUUGCAUUUGGUUGCUGGUGCAGGAGAUCCUUCGAUGAAGAGUGGGCUUGGGAUCAUGAUCUAUGCGGCUGGCAAGGAUAUGGACCCCAAGGCGGCGUUUUACAGUGCAGAUGGAGACCUUUUGAUCGUGCCGCAACACGGGGCAUUGGACAUCCAGACGGAGCUGGGCAAGAUUCUUGUUCGGCCGAAUGAGAUCUGCAUUAUCCCACGAGGCAUCAGGCAUAGGGUCACUCUACCUGAAGGACCUGUGCGAGGGUUCAUCCUCGAGCUGUACCAAGGCCAUUUCCAACUCCCAGAGCUUGGUCCCAUCGGAUCGAAUGGUCUCGCCAACGCACGAGAUUUCCAAGCUCCAGUCGCGUACUUCGAAGAAGACACAGAAAGCGAACACACCCUCUUUGCCAAAUUCUCCGGAAACCUCUUCGCAGCUAAGCAGAACCACACCCCCUUCGACGUCGUAGCCUGGCACGGCAACUACUACCCUUACAAAUACGACCUCGGCCGCUUCAACACCAUCGGCUCCAUCUCCUACGACCACCCAGACCCCAGCAUCUUCACAGUCCUCACCGCCCAAUCCGACCACCCCGGCACCGCCAUCGCCGACUUCGUCAUCUUCCCCCCGCGCUGGCUCGUCGCAGAAGACACAUUCCGACCCCCCUGGUACCACCGCAACACCAUGUCCGAGUUCAUGGGCCUGAUCCACGGCCAGUACGACGCAAAGACCGGCGGCGGGUUCCAACCGGCCGGCGCCUCGCUGCACAACGUCAUGAGCGCACACGGCCCGGAUGCAUCGACGCACGAGAAGGCCAGCAAUGCGGAUCUCAAGCCGAUGAAGGUGGGCGACAACAGCAUGGCGUUCAUGUUCGAGUCGAGUCUCAUGGUCGGCGUGACGGAGUGGGGAUUGAAGAAGUGUAAUAAGGUGCAGACGGAUUAUAAUGCCGAGUCGUGGGAGCCGCUGAAGCCGCAUUUCAAGAGGCCUGCGCCGGCGAAGAUUGUGAAUGGCAAGGCGAAUGGGACGAAUGGGUCGCAGGCGGAUGCGAGUCAGCAGCCGCAUUAUACUUGA